CCACAGGGUGUGACAGCUUUGCAGGAGGCUGACACUUUGCAAAGGUGAUUUCAUUUUUAACCCUUGAGUUACCUGUGAAAGCAGCAUGAGCCAAAAGCUUGUGACUGGCGUCCUGCUUCCCAGGCUGCUGAACAGAAUGUCCGCGGACGACCGGCACCUGGGCUCCAGCUGCGGCUCCUUCAUCAAGACGGAGCCGUCCAGCCCAUCCUCGGGCAUCGACGCCCUCAGCCACCACAGCCCCAGCGGGUCGUCCGACGCCAGCGGUGGCUUCGGUCUGGCCCUGGGCGCCCACGCCAAUGGUCUGGACUCGCCGCCCAUGUUCGCGGGCGCCACGCUGGGGGGCACCCCGUGCCGCAAGAGCUACGAGGACUGUGCCGGCGGCCUCAUGGAGGACUCGGCCAUCAAGUGCGAGUACAUGCUCAACGCCAUCCCCAAGCGCCUGUGCCUCGUGUGCGGCGACAUUGCCUCCGGCUACCACUACGGCGUGGCCUCCUGCGAGGCCUGCAAGGCCUUCUUCAAGAGGACCAUCCAAGGGAACAUCGAGUACAGCUGCCCGGCCACCAACGAGUGUGAGAUCACGAAACGGAGGCGCAAGUCCUGCCAGGCCUGCCGCUUCAUGAAAUGCCUCAAAGUGGGGAUGCUGAAGGAAGGUGUGCGCCUUGACCGAGUGCGUGGAGGCCGCCAGAAAUACAAACGACGGCUGGACUCUGAGAGCAGCCCAUACCUGAGCUUACAGAUUUCUCCGCCCGCUAAGAAGCCAUUGACCAAGAUCGUCUCCUACCUGCUGGUGGCCGAGCCGGACAAGCUGUACGCCAUGCCUCCCCCUGGCAUGCCCGAGGGCGACAUCAAGGCUCUGACCACUCUCUGUGACCUGGCAGACAGGGAGCUCGUGGUCAUCAUCGGCUGGGCCAAGCACAUCCCAGGCUUCUCGAGCCUGUCUCUUGGGGACCAGAUGAGCCUGCUGCAGAGCGCCUGGAUGGAGAUACUCAUCCUGGGCAUCGCGUAUCGCUCGCAGCCCUAUGACGACAAGUUGGUGUACGCCGAGGAUUACGUCAUGGACGAGGAGCACUCCCGCCUCGCGGGGCUGUCGGAGCUCCACCGGGCCAUCCUGCAGCUGGUGCGCAGGUACAAGAAGCUCAAGGUGGAGAAAGAGGAGUUUGUGACGCUCAAGGCCCUGGCUCUGGCCAACUCAGAUUCCAUGUACAUCGAGGAUCUGGAGGCGGUGCAGAAGCUGCAGGACCUGCUGCAUGAGGCACUGCAGGACUACGAGCUGAGCCAGCGCCACGAGGAGCCCCGGCGGACGGGCAAGCUGCUGCUGACGCUGCCCCUGCUGCGACAGACGGCCGCCAAGGCCGUGCAGCACUUCUACAGCGUCAAACUGCAGGGCAAGGUGCCCAUGCACAAACUCUUCCUGGAGAUGCUGGAGGCCAAGGUCUGAUGGCCUGGCACCCAGACCGACUCCCGCCCGCGGACACACCGGCCGACGGACCACCGCGGAAUGUCCGCGGCCACCAGCCUCGCCCUUCAAGCCCUGUA